GACCUUUAGCUUCCUGUCUGGCCUCCAUCCGAGAGCUGCAGUCAUGGCCCUGCGCUACCCCAUGGCCGUGGGCCUCAACAAAAGCCACAAAGUGACAAAAAACGUCAGCAAGACGAGACACAGCCGCCGCCGCGGGCGCCUCACCAAGCACACCAAGUUCGUGCGAGAUAUGAUCCCGGAGGUGUGCGGCUUCGCGCCCUACGUGCGGCGCACCAUGGAGCUGCUCAAGGUGUCCAAGGACAAGCGAGCACUCAAGUUUAUCAAGAAGAGGGUGGGCACGCACAUCCGCGCCAAGAGAAAGAGGGAGGAGCUGAGCAACGUGCUGGCAGCCAUGCGGAAGGAUUGAUGCGGAAGCAGCCAAGAAGGAUUGAUGACCCCUCCCCCAAUAAAAGAUGGUUCUUUUUUUUUUUUUUUUUUGUUAAAGGUUUAUUUAUUUUAUGUAUAUGAGUACACUGUAGCUGUCUUCAGAUACACCAGAAGAGGGC